AUGGCCCGGCCUGUGCAGCUGGCGCCGGGCUCGCUGGCGCUGGUGCUGUGCAGGCUGGAGGCGCAGGAGGCGGCGGCGGCGGGCACCGAGGAGCCUGGCGGGCGCGCGAUCUUCCGCGCUUUCCGCCGCGCCAACGCGCGCUGCUUCUGGAACUCGCGGCUGGCGCGCGCCGCCUCGCGGCUGGCCUUCCAGGGCUGGCUGCGGCGCGGGGUGCUGCUGGUGCACGCGCCUCCCGCCAGCCUGCAGGUGCUGCGCGACGCCUGGUGCCGCCGCGCGCUGCGCCCCCCGCGCGGCUUCCGCAUCCGGGCGGUGGGUGAUGUCCUUCCAGUGCAAAUGAAUCCAAUAGUUCAAUCUCAGUUUAUACCUUUGGCUGAAGUUCUUUGCUGUGCUAUAUCUGAUAUGAAUGCUGCUCAGAUUGUGGUGACACAGGAAUCACUGCUGGAGCAUUUGGUGAAACAUUACCCAGGCAUCACAGUUCCAUCUCAAGAUAUUCUCUAUACCACUCUGGGAACUCUGAUUAAAGAAAGGAAAAUUUAUCAUACUGGAGAGGGAUACUUCAUAGUCACUCCUCAGACUUACUUCAUUACGAAUAUAACCUCCCAUGAAAAUAAGAGAGACCUGUCAGAUGAAAGCGGCCAGAUGCCAACUUGCAUUACUUAUCUGGUGAGCGUGGAGAGCUGUGCAGAGUUGGCCAAAGAAAAUGCUGCCCCUAUUUCCCACUGUCAGUCUUGCCGGUGUUUCCCUGAUCUGUGCACUCAGGAUGUACAGGAAGCACCAGCUGCUGCAGAAGUGUCUAGAAAAAGCCAGAAAAGUCUGCAGGAACCCAAAUCUUUGGGACAGAAUCAAGCAAUUUCCAUGUCUGAGGAGAAUCACAUCGCUGAAAGCACCAAACCUUUACCAUACACAAAAGACAAAGAAAAAGGCAGAAAGUUUGGCUUUAGCCUAUUUUGGCGUAGUAUAUCCAGAAAGGAGAAGGCCAGAAUAGAGCACAGUAGUUUCUCUGCCCAGUUUCCACCAGAAGAAUGGCCUGUUCGAGAUGAAGAUAACUUGGACAAUAUCCCUCGAGACAUUGAACAUGAGAUCAUCAAACGAAUUAAUCCCGUUCUGACUGUUGACAAUUUAAUCAAACAUACCGUCCUAAUGCAAAAAUAUGAAGAAGAGAAAAAAUACAAUAGCCGGGGCACUUCCACUGAUGUGCCCACGGUCAGGCAUAAAUACCCUUCAAAGGAGGGAGUUAAGAAAAGGCGGGGCCGGUCUGUAAGGCCUCGAAGGCUGGGCCAUUCUCAUAGGGAUAGACACAAAGCCAGGAGUCAGGGAAGUGAGCCUCCGCCAGGAAGCGUUAGACCAGAGAAACACGCCAGCCUCCCUGCUGCACAGCCCGCCUUCAGAAUUCAAAGCCCAAAUGAAGCAGUAGUUCAGAAACCACUUGAUGAGAAUCCAUCAGUGCUAGGUUCCCAUUUGUUUUACAAAAGGCGAAUUAGUAAUCCUUUCCAGGGUUUGCCUCACCGAGAACACCCAGCAGCCAAAGGGCACAACAUCCAACCGACCAGGGACCUGAAACCCAGUGAUACUGGACCAAAGGGAAAGCCUUUCCAAAGGCCAAGGUCUUUGGAUUCCUCAAGAAUCUUUGAGAGUAAAGGAAAGCAGCCACAUGCUCAACAAUAUAAAGAUAAACUGACAGCAGAAUCCAUUUCUGUGCCUCACUCUACCGUCAAGCCUGUCGGUGAUGACUUCAGGGAUCCCCUCGCAAAUCACUCUCAACGUAGUGUUUUGCAAAAUGGUAGUAAAUGUUGUUCCUUUAGGGAAAGCCUGAGGAGACAUGAUGUGCAUGGUGGAAAAAAUGAGGUAAUCCCUGAAGUCUUGAGGAAAAGUUAUUCUCACGUUGACGCACUAGGGGAUGCAGAAGAAACACAGUAUGUGCUGCCAUCACAAGGUUCUUCCUCUCUAGGCCAUGUUUCCUCUGCUUGUAGACUAGUUGAUAAAACAAUACACCAGUUCCAAAAUCUUGGUCUUUUGGAUUGCCCAGUUAGCGUGAACUAUUUGAGGCAACCUGAGAGACAAGAUGGAGGCUCAGAACAAACACUCGUAAGAAAGGCAUUUGUCCAGGAAGCAAAGACUAUAUGUCCAGAAGACGAAGGGCUUUCUGAUGAUAACCAGGCCUUGUAUCAGAACGAAGUGGAAGAUGAUGAUGGAGCCUGUAGUUCAUUAUAUCUAGAUGAGGAGGACUUUUCUGAGCAUGAUGACUCACGUCAAAUGCUGCCUGGCCACAUUCAGUAUUCCUUUACAGGGGGAAGCAAGUGGAAUCAUUUAGGAAAACCAAAGGGGCCUGAAAGAUCUCUGACUGAGUACAACCCCAAAAUACACAAGUUUGAGCCUCAGGUGCUUAAAGGAAAUGAGUGUUACAAACCCACUGGGUUGGUCACUAACCCAGGUGAAAGCCAGACCCCUAAUCUCUCUGCUGAAAGCUGUGGCCUCCAUUCAGGGAUUCGGCCCAGUUUUACCUAUGAAGAGGGACCCAGUGUUGCUACAUGUGUGCAAGCCUCAGUGAACACAGAUGGAAGUAUAUUUGAUUACUAUAGUACGAGGAAAGCCAAUUCUGAGACUGAAACCCUACACGACUCGGUUGGUGACACAGAAAAGAAACCAGCGAGCUGGAGUCAGGGUGCUCAGAAUCAGGAAGUGAGAAAACAGCUCACGCACAAGUUAGAACUUUUCAGCCCUUCACAUAUGCCAGCGUUGGCUCAGGAUAUCCAACAUGAAUACAAUCAUCGGGAAGGAACAGAAAAUCAUAGCGUGGCGGGAGAUAGUGGAAUAGAUUCUCCACGGACACAGAGUCUGGCAUCUAAUAAUUCAGUCACUUUGGAUGGACUAAAAAGAAGACAGAAUUUUCUACAGAACUUUGAAGGCACAAAGAGCGGUCAAACACUCACAUCCAAUUCCUUACUACAACUAACUCCAGUCAUAAAUGUUUAAUUCUUAUUUUUCUUUGGGAAACUCUUUGUUAAAAAUGUACAGCAUUAAUAUAGUAUAUUUUAAUCAACUGAGUAUGUAAGAAUUCUCUA